AUGAAAUUGACCUCAGGAAAUGACUGUUAUCAGGAUAGUGAAUAUAGGAAAUGCUUUCCUGAAGAAGCAGGACUUAUUCAGUCUCAUGAGAAACCUCCUGAAAUACCUGUGCAUCAAGAUAACAUAGGGCAAAUGGCAGUAGAGAUGGUUUCUGUCUCUCUUGCUACACAUCAGAGACUCCACACUGGAGAGAAACUUUAUGAAUGUAAACAAUGUGGAAAGGUUUUCACACGGAAGUACCCCCUAACUGAACAUGAGAGAAUCCACACAGGAGAGAAACCUUAUAAAUGUAAUCACUGUGAAAAGGCUUUUACAGGGAGGGAUCAUCUUGCUGCACAUCAGAGAAUCCACACAGGAGAGAAGCAUUAUGUAUGUAAACAAUGUGGAAAGGCUUUUACAUGGAAGCUCUCUCUCAUUGCACAUCAGAGAAUCCACACUGGAGAGAAACCUUAUGAAUGUAAACAAUGUGGAAAGGCUUUUACAUGGAAGAUCUCUCUUGUUGCACAUCAUAGAAUUCACACUGGAGAGAAACCUUAUGAAUGUAAACAAUGUGGAAAGGUUUUCACAUGGAGGUACUCUCUCACUGCACAUCAGAGAAUCCACACUGGAGAGAAACCUUAUGAAUGUAAACAGUGUGGAAAGGCUUUUACAGGGAGGGACCAUCUUGCUGCACAUCAGAGAAUCCACACCGGAGAAAAACCUUAUGAAUGUAAACAAUGUGGAAAGGCUUUUACAUGGAAGAUCUCUCUUGCUACACAUCAGAGAAUCCACACUGGAGAAAAACCUUAUGAAUGUAAACAAUGUGGAAAGACUUUUAUAUGGAAGGUCUCUCUCACUGCACAUCAGAGAAUCCACACUGGAGAGAAACCUUAUGAAUGCAAAUACUGUGGAAAAGUUUUCACACGGAAGUACCCUCUAGCUGAACAUGAGAGAAGCCACACAGGAGAGAGACCUUAUGAAUGUAAACACUGUGGAAAGGCUUUUUUAGGGAAGUACCAACUUGCUGCACAUCAGAGAAUCCACACUGGAGAGAAACCUUAUGAAUGUAAACAGUGUGGAAAGGCUUUUACAGAGAGGGGCAGUCUUGGUAAGCAUAAGAACAUUCAUGCUAGAGAGAAACCUUUUAACUGUAAACAAUGUGGAAAGGGCUUUACCUGGAAGGUCUCUUUCACUGCACAUCAAAGAAUCCACACUGGAGAAAAACCUUAUGAAUGUAAACAAUGUGGAAAAGUUUUCACACAGAGGACCACUCUAGCUGCACAUCAAAAAAUCCACACUGGAGAGAAACCUUAUGAAUGUGAAUACUGUGGAAAGGCUUUUAUAGGGAAGGAACAACUUGCUGCACAUCAGAGAAUCCACACUGGUGAGAAACCUUAUGAAUGUAAACAAUGUGGAAAGGCUUUUACAUGGAAACUCUCUCUCACUGCACAUCAGAAAAGAAUCCACACUGAACAGAAACCUUAUGAAUGUAAACAGUGUGGAAAAGCUUUUCCAGAGAAGAGAGCUCUUGCUAAACAUCAGAAAAUCCACACUGGAGAGAAACCUUAUGAAUGUAAACAGUGUGGAAAAGCUUUUACAGAGAAGGGAUCUCUUACUGCUCAUCAGAGAAUCCACACUGGAGAGAAACCUUAUGAAUGUAAACAGUGUGGAAAAGCUUUUACAGAGAGGGGAUCCCUUGCUAAACAUCUUAGAAUCCACACUGGAGAGAAACCUUAUGACUGUAAAGAGUGUGGAAAAGCUUUCAAACAGAGGAGUCAUCUUGCUAAGCAUCAGAGAAUUCACACUGGAGAAAAACCUUAUGAAUGUACACAAUGUGGAAAGGCUUUCACACAGAAGAAUUAUCUUACUAAGCAUAAAAUAAAUCAUGCUGGGCACAAAGUCUAUAAAUGUGGUGAAUGUGGAAAAUUCUUCAGACAGAGCAUGCACCUUAUUCAGCACCAGAGAAUUCAUACUGGAGAGAAACCAUAUCACUGUAAUGAAUGUGGGAAAUCCUUCAGGCAGAAGAUUCACUUGAUUCGACACCAGACUCUUCAUAGUGAAGAGAAACCCUUUAAAUGUAAUCAUUGUGGGAAAUGCUUCAGCGACAGCUCAUCACUCAAUGUCCAUCAGAGAAUUCAUACUGCCGAAAAGCCCUAUCACUGUAGCGAGUGUGGCAAAGCCUUCAGCCUCAGUCAGUACCUUAUUCAGCACCAGCAAAUCCAUACCACUGAGAAACGUUAUAAAUGUGGUGAGUGUGGCAAGGCCUUCAGCCUGAGUCAGUACCUUAUUCGGCAUCAGAAGAUUCAUACUGGAGAGAAACCCUAUGAAUGCCAUGAAUGUGGGCAGACCUUUACUCAGCAGGGAAGUCUUACUCAGCACCAGAGAAGCCACGCGGGGGAGAAACCCUAUAAAUGCAGCGAGUGUGGAAAAGCCUUUGGCCGCAGUCUCUAUCUUACUCGGCAUCAGAGGAUUCACACUGGAGAGAAGCCCCAUAUAUGCGGCGAGUGUGGCAAAUCCUUUAAUGAUACGGCGGUCCUUGCUCUCCAUCAGAGGAUUCACACCGGGGAGAAACCUUGUAAAUGCAAUGUUUGCGGAAAGGCCUUCCGCCACACAAACCAGGUUACCCAGCAUCAGAGGAUUCACACUGGAGAGAAACCCUAUAAGUGUAAUGAAUGUGGGAAAGCCUUCACUCACUGUGCUGGCCUUACUCAUCAUCAGAGAAUUCAUACUGGAGAGAAGCCCUACAAAUGUGAGGAAUGUGGAAAAGCCUUUAAACAGAAAGUUUACCUUACACAGCACCAGAGAACUCACACUGGAGAGAAACCCUACAAAUGUGAUGAAUGUGGGAAGACCUUCAGGCAGUGCUCAGCGCUCAUUUCUCAUAAACGAACUCAUACUGGAGAGAAGCCCUACACUUGUAGGGAAUGUGGAAAGGCCUUCAGUCAUAGCUGUAGCCUUACUCUGCAUCAGAGAAUCCAUACUGGAGAGAAACCCUAUAAAUGUAGUGAGUGUGGCAAAGCAUUUAGCCAAAAUAUAUUCCUUACUAGACAUCAGAGAACUCACACUGGGGAGAAACCCUUUAAAUGUAGUGAAUGUGGCAAAGUAUUUAGCCAGAGUAUGUCUCUUACCCGCCAUCAGAAAACACACACCGGGGAGAAACCCUACAAAUGUGAUGAAUGUGGGAAAGGCUUCAUCCAGAAGAUACAAUGUAUUCAGCACCAGAAAAUUCAUACAGGAGAGAAACCUUAAAAUGUAGCUUGUCUAAGAAAGGCCUCCAGCCAGUGCAGAGGCAUCACCAUUCAACAGCAGAGAAUUCAUGUGGAGAUGGGAAAUGUAUAAAUGUAAUUAAUGAGUGUUAGAAGGCCUUCAAGUGUAGUUUAUUCCUCACCACAGCUUUCAAAAUAGUACUUAAUUGAGUGUCUAUAAAGUUUCAGUCCUAUUUAUCACAUAUUGACAAGUAUUUAUUAAGCAGCCAGUUUGGUCCAAGCACUAGAAAUACCAAUACAAAGAAUGAAUGCUCUCUGGGAGCGAACAAAAAAAGUUCAAGAGAACCAGAAGAAAAAGUGAUCUUCUCUUUCCUGUGCUGGUAAUGGGUUAAUAGAUUUAUGCACUCCAGAGGAGGAAAUGCAGAGGGACGAAGUCUGAAAUGACAUCUCUGAGAAACAUGGGCCUCUAGCGUCCCCGCAUCCCUAAAUCUAGGGUCCUAUUACCCGUGCAGACGGAGGCAGAAGAAGAUAUUCAAUGUGACUAUCAUGAUAUACAUGAGAGCUCUGCGAAAAGGUAGCUGAACUCUGCCUAAAUGCAGUCAGCAAUCUCGGUGGGAACUACAGGCGUGGAAUGUUGCAUGUGUUGUCAAACACAAUCCUGGUGUCAGUCGCUUGGUUUGAC